AUGUCUUUUUACAAAGAGUUGAAUAACUUGAGUACAGCUGAUUUUUAUGAAUAUUCAACGAGGACCAAUAUUAAAAGAAAGGCCGUAAAGUCAUCGCGUGAGUUGUUCGAGGUCGAGCGGGUAAUUUCGCGAAGAAAUCGACGAGGAAAGGUAAAUUUAUACGUUUGUAAAUUUAUAUGCUUCUGUUCACUAACUAUACUCCCAUAUUUCGUCGGCAAUCUCUGGUGACAAAUGUGUUUUAUCGAAUAUAUUGAUAUUGUAUUACAGGCAGAUUAUUAUGUAAAAUGGAAAAAUUAUUCUAGCCUGGAAAACACUUGGGAGCCAGAGGAGAACCUGAAUGCUGCUGCAAUAAGGUAACAUUGAUUUGUUUUAAAGUUUAUUAACUUUAGCUGGUAGCACGACUAUAAACAUUGUAGGCAAAUAAGAAUUUGUUGUUUUUAUAUAGACUAGCUUUGUGCUAGUUAGACUGUUGGUUAAGCUCAACCUCAUCCCCAUGGUCUUUCUUCUUGAAAGGGAUGCAUGUAUUCUUAAAAUGUAUUUAAUAUUUUGUCUUUCACUUCAGAGCUUUUGAAAACCCAGCACCGGCAGAGAAUAUGAUUCAGGAUGCAAGGGAUUCUUUGGCAUGCGGCAUCCUGGAACAACUGAAAUCAAAAAGUAUGCUGCCAACAGUCAUUCCUUUUCGGCAUGAUGUAUUUCGCUACUUUUUUGGUGGAAAGGGGGAGAUCAGCAAUGAAAGAGGUGCAGUUCUCUUGGAGAAGUCUGAUUUUCAGAUUUGCGAUUUCCGAGGGGAUUGGGACAAGAUAGCGCGGACUCUAUAGGAAAUGGCUUGAAGAUAGACUUUCCAGUCAAACUUCGACCAUUCCUCUCAUGGAGCCCUAAAACCUACAUCCUUAAGGAUGGUCAAGUUGUUGUGCGCCCCAGGUAUCGGCCUGAGAAACUGAGUAUCUCAAUUUGUAAAAAUGCUUUUAGCUUAUAAUUACUGUAUAUAUUAUUAAUUUAAUUUUUUUUAGAGUAAUACAUAAUAUGCUUAAUUAACCCAUUUCUGCC